UUGACUUCCGGUUGUCUUCAACGUCAACGCGAAAAUGGUUCCGGGUUUAUUUGUUUUCCCGGAAGUGUCUAACAAGUCAUAUGUUUGAGUCGCUUCAAAGACUUCGCACUGCUUUAAAGAUGAGAUUGCCAUGCAGAGUCAGCUCACUGGACACGACAUCUUCCAGGAGGGCAUCCUCAGCCCCCGCAGGGGUGUUUGUCCCCGCCUGCGGCUCCACAGACACAAAGUCCCUCCAGCUACUCCAAGACUUUGUCUCCCGGGCCACACGUCUGUUUGCCAUCAGCGGCGCUGGUCUCUCCACAGAGUCCGGCAUCCCAGACUACCGUUCGGAAGGCAUCGGCCUUUAUGCCCGCACCGAUAGACGGCCCAUGCAGCAUAUAGAGUUUGUCCGCAGCGACAAGUCCCGUCAGCGUUACUGGGCGAGGAACUUUCUGGGGUGGCCGCAGUUCUCCUCGCAUCAGCCCAACGCGGCGCAUAAGGCUCUGCAGCAUUGGGAGGGGCGGGGCAAGCUGCACUGGCUGGUUACCCAGAAUGUGGAUGCUCUUCAUUCAAAGGCAGGACAGAAAAGACUCACUGAGCUCCACGGAUGUGCACACAGGGUGGUGUGUUUAGGCUGUGGCAGUUUCUCAACAAGGGGGGAGCUCCAGAAGCGUUUCGUAAACCUCAACCCAGACUGGAGGGCUCAGGCCGGGGCCGUGGCUCCAGACGGAGACGUCUUCCUGGAGGACGAGCUGGCUCGCCACUUCGUGGUUCCCUCCUGUGAGGUCUGUGGAGGGAUACUGAAGCCUGAGGUUACCUUCUUCGGCGACACAGUGAACAAAGACACGGUUCAGUUUGUGCACAAUAAAUUAGCCCAGUCGGACGCAGUGCUCGUCAUCGGGACCUCGCUGCAGGUCUACUCAGGAUACAGAUUUUUACUGGCAGCCAGCGAUAGAAACAUACCGGUCGCCAUUGUGAACAUUGGUCCGACGAGGGCAGACCAUUUGGCCCAGCUGAAAGUGAGAGGACGCUGCGGUGAAGUGCUAUCACUCAUUCAACCUCUCUGAUGGAAAUAAUGACAUAAAACAUGGAAUGUAAAGAGGAAAAACUACAACUACACUACCUGGAGCACCAGGAUGCAACAUCACAUACAUGUGGAUAAGCUAAUGUGAUACAAUUCAAUUCUGUCUUUCAUAGAUCAUAAUGUUCAUUUUAAGUUUGAAAUCUGUUUCUUUUUUGGUUGUAGUUUGCAGUGGUGUGCAAAUGCAUCAUACUGAAGGCUGUUUCUAUUAUUAACGCUCUUAUUUUGAUAAGGAAAUCAAAAUAUUGCAGUUAUCACUAUGCUGCAUACCACUACAAACUACAACCACGGUAAUACAUUGUGCUGUAUUAACUGAAUACAUCCCUGACAGUGUCAAUCAAAAUUAAGCACUAUUAUCUUUGUAAAGGCAGAAAUGUUAAUGCAGCUUUUGAAUUGGAUCUCAUUAUGCAGGUGUACCUAAUGAUGUGGCCAGUGAUUAUCCACUUUGAUGGUAAACUGUUGAUCACAUGCCUACUCCCACCUCAAAUGUUAGUAUAGUAUGCUCCACUAGGAUAGAGUGCGUGCUAGCCAAAUACUGCACUAAAAUGACUUAUUACUGGUAUUUUGUUGUUGUUGCUGUGACACAUCACCAAGUCUUCUUCCCCCAAAGUAGUGCAAACCUUUUUGAUGACACUGCCCACUAAGGGUUAGUACAAAAUGUUAUUAUGGUCAAAUCUGAGAAUCUACUUACAGUACAAUGUAGGUUGCUCAUAACUAUAUUAUUUUAAGUGUGAAUAUCAAAUGAUUUUUAAAGAAUGUAUAUGGUUUCUGUCCGCUUGGUAGAGGUAAUAAGUUGGUCAUGAUGGUGGAGAGUUUGACAGUACUUGUGUAGAGUUUGGCAACCACCGAUUUUAAUAUAUGGAAAGAGCAUUUAUUAUUUUUUUUUUACUCAUUUCAAAAAUUAACUUUGACUCGAACUUUGGCCAAGGUAUGGAUCAGCUUAACCUUAACUGUACCUCUUUGACUACGAGAGUUCACUUCAACUUCGGUUGUUCCUCCUCAACUGUUUUCUCAUGAUCAUGUCCCAUUUUUAAAUAUGGUUGCAAAUGAAGUCAUGCUCUAUGAAUAAACAAGGAGAAAACGCUU